CUGUCAACAUUGGUCAAGUCCACCUUGGAGGGAAGGGGAGGGGAGGGGCGGGGCGUGGAGGGGAGGGGAGGGGAGGAAAGGGGAGGAGAGGGGAGGGGAAGGGGGAAGAAAGGAGGGGAGGAGAGGGAAGGAGGAAACAAAGGAGGGGAGGGGAGGGGGGAGGAAGGAGGGGAGGGGAGGGGAGGGGGGAGGAAAGGAGGGGAGGGGAGGGGGGAGGAAAGGAGGAGGGGGAUGAUACGGGUUGGGUAUGGGAAAACAAAGGCAGGGGCAGUAUGAAUGCUGAAGGUAGUGUGUGAUGU